ACACGGCCCCGUUUUUCGAUCCCGUGUUGUGCCAGGAAUGGGAGUGACAAUGGCGGUUCCUCCAGUCCAUCGCCCUUUGGCGGUACCCGUGAGACGAUUAAAUAGCGUGGAUUUACCCACAUUCGGUCUCCCAAUCAAGGCAACUCGAAACGGACGUGUUGAAGUCU